CAUACUGCCUCACGGUCAAGUAUUUGCCUCUGGUUGGAAACACGAUACGCAGUGAGUUCAACUUGGAGAAAAUUAUGUGACUAUCUCAUCUGCUGAUACUUGAGUCAGCUUCCAUUGCCAGGCAAGGCCUUUUCUAUCCAUUGUUAGAAGGCACAGAAGAGGGUUUUCUCUCUACUUCUAUGUAAAUGAAAGCAUAACUUCAUUCAGAGAAACUGAUUUCACUGAAGUUUCAGGAAUAAAUCUAAAUACGUUACUUAAAAUCAGAAGUUAGAAAAAAAUGGUUCUUUUUAUCAUUUCUGCCUGGUAGUGUAUAAAACUUAUUCUUUUCCAAAGGGAGAAAAAAACAAAAAAGAUAAUCAUCUUGGGCUAAGUGUGCCAAAUAAAUCCUUCCUUUGCAUCCAUUAUCCCCAUCGGCUAACUACUCAGGUCAUUUGAUUGUUCUGGCACAGUAACUUGCCAUCUGAGAAAUAGCAUUGUUACAGCAAGAAAACUGUUGCAUCUCGCAGUGUGCCGGGUCCGAGCAAAAACACAGCAAAUUUAUAAUUAAAGUGAAUUAAACAAUUUUGCUAGAAUGGAUAAAGGCAAUUGAUAUCUGCAGACAUAUAUAUUUAGACAAACAUAAGAAGCAAAUUGAGCAUGUCAUUGUUUCAAAUUGGAAAUUAAAAAAAUAAUAGAUUACUCAGAAAGCCCAGAAAGCCAUCCAGGAACACAGAAAAAUCGGCCAUGGUGGAAAUUUUAAGUGUGAAAGUGAUGCAAUUAAAUAUAAUUGGACAUCGCUCUGAACAGCAAGAUGAUACACAGGGCAAUCAAGAAUAGAUACAGAAUAGGAAAGAAAAAAUUGAAGACGGCACCAUCAACAGUCAUAUUUUUUAAAAUGUAGUCAGGCAAUGUGCAUUAUGGCUUUCAAGUAAAAUUACUUUGACAGUUUCAUUUGGCCCAUAAAUGAAGUGUUUUGUUCACCAAAUCUCUAUAGUACCUCAGGACUUCCGAAAGUCAUUCGUGAUCCUUAGAACAAAGGGCUGUUAAAUUCAAACUUGAAAGGCUCACAGUGAUACUCUGAGAUACACCUACGUCGUUUUAUUUAUACAUUAGCUCAACAAUCUCUGAUAUAUUUCUACUACGGGUCAGGUAAUAGGAAAUGCCAGGACGUAUGAUCCUUGCCCGCGUGAUCCGAUUGCUCAGAGUAACGUGUUGUGAGAGUCUUACACAGAGUGCUAGGUAAUCCCAGAAAGAGAGCUACUAACUCCCUGGGAUUAUGAAGAAAUCCAGUCUGACCUGAGUCUUGUUGAAAGAGUAGAAAUUUGAGAGGUAGAGAAGAGGUAAAGCAAUUCAGAUCUGAAAGAUCAAGUAAGAGGGGAAAUCUCUUUAGCUCCUUGUGCUAAAGCAGCACCAAGAAAUAUUACAGCCUAUAAAGGAAUUACCUCAAGAGAAAUAGCACUAAAUUAAAUGCAUAUAUGGCAGCUCUGAUGCCUCCACAUUUUAUGCUCUUGGAGAAGGAGGAGAAACCCUUCUAUGUUUCCCCACGAAAAUCCAGACCGCACGUAUUCUCUCUACCCUGAUCAAGAAGUUGUGAUACACUACGUUUUUGCAUUUCAAUGAGUCCUCCACUCUCCACAUGAUGUGAAGAAGUUGGAGAUGAAGUAAAUCCAUAAAGAAGUUAUGUCCCUUGAGAGUAAAGCAUAUUUUUUUAAGAACUGAGACUCUAUAGUCAGACGACUUGAGUUAGAAUCCUGGCUCUAACAUUUACCAGGCAGCUUUGGGAAGUUCAGCAAAUUUUGUCAUCUUUCUGAGCCUUAGUGUCCUUAUCUAUGAAAAGGAAAUAAUAAGGCUUCAAAGGUUGCUGUGAGGAGUGAAUGUGAUCAUGCUUAUUAGCGUUUUGCGCGCUGCCUGCCACUGAGGAAGUGUUUCGUAGUUUAGUUAUGGUUGUAAUAACUGUAAUCAGGAGUCAUGCACAUACACACCUGUGCAUGCAGAAGAAGGGAAUUUUAUUUUAUCUUGACAAAAAUUAACCAGAAUCGGCUAAUUGGUGUCUACCGCCUCCUUGACAUCCUUUAUCAUAUCUUAAGAAUUUUUAUUGAAAGUAAGCAAAGUGGUAUUGGACAGCAUGCUUCUCCAGUCUUGACAGCACAGCCACCCGUCAUUACUAAGACUGCUUGCUACGUGAACAGCUAAGGGAAAUAAUAAGGCUGUCCCUCCGAUAUGAUGUACUGUCCAGGUGACAUGUCUUUAAAAAUUUUUUUCUCCCAAGAUACAUCCACUGCCACCACUUUAUACUAUUUUACUCUCUUUCCAUUUAUUCCCCAUCAUAGGGAUAGCUGAAUCCUUACCUACAACUAUAGCUCUCACUCCUCAAAGAGCCAAUUGACAAGUCCUUCUGCUCCCUCCUUUUCAAAACUAUCUCUUCCUUCCAUUUCCACUGCUAUCAACCCAACCCAAGCCCCAGGCUCUCGUAUGUGACCUACUGUAAUGGCCACCUGUCCUCCAGACUGUAAUCCCACCAAUUAAUCCUCAAGUUCACGGCCAGAAUACCCCUAUGCUCAAUAACCUCUAAUGAUACCAUUACCUUUAAGAAAAAGUUAACAUUGCUUAGGAAAAUGUUCAAAUGGAAAACUCAAAGAAGGAAGAAAAUCACACUAAGAUGCUUUUUCCUAAAAAAGCAAUAGGUAAAAAGAUAGACACAUGGAAGGAAGGAGGAAGGAAGAGGGGAGGAAGGGAGCUCUUUGACUUUACAAAUGAAAGUCAAGCUGACAUCUAAUGUGCUAACAGAGCAGCAGCCCUGCAUUUCUCACCAUGUGCAAGAGGAGAGAAGCUGCACAUCAUGGCCUGGUGACUACUACAAGAUCUCUUUCAGGAAACUCCUCUCAAGAAGUCAUAAAACUAAGAAGUUUUCAUCCUCUGAUCAACUCCAAAGUCUCUCUCAGGCUCUUUUUGUGCUGCUGAUACUCAUUUCCCAGAUAUUUUUAAGUUUCUUUGUCCUAAAAAUUCACCAGGAUGUGAGCACGCUUGAAAAAAAGGGAGCAUCAGCACAAAUGAAAGUAUCUUUUAACAAUGCCAGUGAGCAGACGGAUGUAGAGACAAUUAACACCCGGAAAGAACAGACGGAAUCUGAAUUGAAAGAUUUAAGCCAGCAGAGAAUUGCCUCCAUAGAAACUAUUAUUUCCAGAAAUACUGAAGAACAGUCUGCUUCAGCUGAGAAAAAUGAAACUGGCUUUCCUAAAGAGACAAACCAGCAGCUACAGAAUCCUGUUGGUUCAAAAACGAAUGCCUUCGAGAAACGACUUGAAAAUAUCACCACCACUUUGAAUAACCUUCAACAGCGCUUAGAGGAGGACCUGGAUGAUGUGUUUUUGCAGCUUUCCCAACUGAAAGACAAUCUGUAUGUUAUGGAGAAUACAUUGAAUAUCACCAGGACAGAAUAUUUAAAUGUAUAUACAUCACCAACUCAAUCCUUCCAAGAAAAAGAAAAGAAAUUUUAUACUACAGGACUGCCAUAUGUCAUGUCUAGUCCAAAUUCUGACAUUUCUGCUGUUCCAGAGCCAGCAUCACAAGAUCCUAAAGAUGUGGUAGAUUCUGGAAUAUUAGAAGAGAAGCCCAAGAUAAUCAUUUCAUUCAUAAAGAAUCUUACAGAUCUUCAAAUCUUUUUCUAUGGUGCUGACCACAAUGCCAACGGCUAUUUGACUUACAGUGAGAUAGAGAGCCUCCUAGGAGAAGAGACACCAGCACAAGAGCAACUAGAGCUAUUUGAUGCUGACAACAACAAGACGUUCUCCUACCCUGAACUUAUCAGAGCAUUUGGACUGACUGGUAAGGGGCUUCAGGGGCUGGAACACUGGUGAGGCUGGGGGACAGGGAGCCUGGAACAAUGUUCUGUGUAACAGCCCCAAACUAAGCAAUCCACAGCUUAACAUUUUUAGUUCACAACUGACUCCAAAAGCAAAGAUUAUAAGAAAACCUCGAAAUUAUCAGACAGAACAUCCCAUUCUGAAUGCUGUGAUAAAUGGGAAAACAAGUCAUUCAGUUUAAUUGCAUGAAUAGAGGGUUUCCUUAACCUCUAACCAGAAGGGAGGUUAAGGAAAGGCACAGUGAUCUGUCAUCCUCUGUACUUGCUACAAGGAUUUUAGGAUGAUACUCUUAAGGCUGGAACUUUAAAGCUCAAGUAGUAUAGAGCAAUGAGGUGAAAAGA